CUUCCCUUCUCUAAGGUCCCAACCAUUUAUUUCGCCUUCAAUCUUUCCUCUGUUUUAUAUCUUCCCAUAUGCAAGGAAGUCUGCCCGUCCCCCCCUGUCUUUGCCCCUCCUCUCUGUUUCUCUGAGCCAUGCCUGUCCUUUAGCCAUAUAAUAUUGCAGAGAUUCAAUUCAUAUAAUACAGGCUUUCUUGCGGUUUUCAUCCACUCUUCUUUUCAUACCAUGCAAAGCCCUUCAGAUAGUAAAAGAGUAGGCGUUUAUACCCACAUGGGUAAAUGGCCUAUAUAUACACUGGCAUGGUCUGUUCGCCAUGACAAACGACACCGUCUUGCCAUUGGAAGCUUUCUUGAAGACUACAGUAACAAAGUAGAACUCGUACAAUUCAAUCUUGACAGUUGUGAUUUCUCUACCGAUAACCGGUUAAUCUUCGACCACCCAUAUGCACCUACAAAACUAAUGUUCUUCCCCUCGGAAGACAGUGCAAAUCCCGACAUAGUCGCCACCUCUGGCGAUUACUUACGGUUAUGGCAAAUUUUCGAUGACCGGAUUGAGCUAAAGUGUUUGUUUAAUGGGAAUAAGAGUAGCGAGUUUAAUUCAGCAAUAACUUCUUUCGAUUGGUCAGAUUUUGACGUACGGCGUGUCGCAACAGCUAGCGUAGAUACUACCUGUACUAUUUGGGAUAUAGAAAAAGAGAAUGUGGAUUCUCAACUAGUUGCACAUGAUAAAGAAGUGUAUGAUAUUUCUUGGGGAGGCUACAAUGUUUUCGCUUCCGCCUCUGGCGACGGAUCGGUAAGAGUUUUCGAUUUACGGGAUAAAGAAAGAUCAACAAUAAUUUACGAAAACCCUAUUCAAGAAUGUCCAUUGUUAAGGCUAGAGUGGAACAAGAGUGAUCCAAGAUUUGUAGCAACUGUUGGUAUGGAUAGUAACAAAGUAGUGAUUUUAGAUAUUCGCUUUCCAACUACUCCUUUAAUGGAACUAUCUAAGCAUAAAGCAAGCGUAAAUGCUAUAUCAUGGGCUCCUGUCACCGGACGGCAAAUAUGCUCAGUUGGGGAUGAUUCUAGGGCUUUAAUAUGGGAAGUGUCCGAAAGUGGUGUCUUCGGCGGUGGCAGCGGCGGUGACAUGGAACCUGACAUGUGGUACGGAUCAAUGGCUGAAAUUAAUAAUACAUGUUGGUCACCUGUUGAGUUGGAUUGGAUUGCUGUAGCCACUUUGAAUAAAGUACAACUCUUAAAGGUUUAAUUGGAAGGAACACAUUAGUUUUUCAUGGCAUUUUCCUUGUAUGAUUAUUCAACUAGUACAAAUUAGUUAUUAAAUGCAUGCUUGACUACCUACUGUCUGGUUGUUUGGUUUCA